AUGGCCAGUAAGAUGGUGGUGCAGCAGCCCAAGGCGGUCAUCAUGGAGGCGGCCCCAGACCAGUGGAACUCCAGCAUCUGUGAAUGUGACAACUUCCACGAAUGCUGCUUCUCCGUGUGGUGCUUCCCCUGUUUCGCCUGCAUCACAGCAAGAGACCACGGCGAGUGUCUAUGUCUGCCGCUAUUGGACAGUUGCGGUUGCGUCCCACCAAUCACAUUGGCUAUGAGGGUCUCCAUGCGCAAGCGCUACAAUAUUGAUGACGCUAUGUGUAACGACUGUGUGUAUGCCGCCUACUGUGGUCCCUGUUCCUGGUGCCAGAUGAGACGAGAGAUGAAGGCUCGUGGACACCCUGUCAGUCUCUUCUGCAACAAGACAGGUUAA